ACUAAAAAAGAAUGGGAAGGCACUCCAAGAAAGGAAAAAAGUCUAUUCGAUCAAACUUAGUGGGUUUUUAUUAUUAUAGCUUAAUAGGCAAAUAGCCCAUGGUUGUUGAACCGGUUUCCAUUCCCAACCUUUUCUUGUUUCACGGCCCAAUUAUCUUUUUCUGGGUACGUAGUUUUGCCCAGUCUUUUCCUUCUUGAUUGUCCGAUCACCCUCUUUUUACUGUAAAACCCUCGACCUCGACCUCGACCUCGACGGCUGGGUUUUUGAAGUUAGAACUAAGAAAUUUCCCUCUUCCUCCGUGUAUUUAGAAAAAGAAACGGUAUCAUAUUUUGAAACUAAUGGGUAAAGCUUCCAGGGAUAAGAGGGAUAUUUACUAUCGGAAAGCAAAAGAAGAAGGUUGGCGUGCUCGGAGUGCCUUUAAGCUUCUCCAGAUUGACGAAGAAUUCAAUAUUUUUGAAGGAGUUAAGCGCGUGGUAGAUUUAUGUGCUGCCCCUGGUAGCUGGAGUCAGGUUUUGAGCCGCAAAUUGUAUCUUCCUUCGAAGCAAUCACCUGUUUCAAAGGAUGGUGAGCUUCCGCUAAUUGUAGCCAUUGAUUUGCAGCCAAUGGCUCCAAUUGAAGGCGUAAUCCAAGUGCAGGGCGAUAUAACUAAUGCCCGGACAGCUGAAGUGGUAAUUAGACAUUUUGAUGGCUGUAAGGCUGACCUUGUUGUGUGUGAUGGUGCUCCUGAUGUAACUGGUCUUCAUGACAUGGAUGAAUUUGUUCAGUCCCAACUCAUUCUUGCUGGUUUAACAAUUGUUACUCAUAUACUUAGACCAGGUGGAAAAUUCAUUGCAAAAAUAUUUCGUGGAAAAGAUACAAGUCUUCUGUAUUGCCAGCUGAAAUUAUUUUUCCCUGUAGUUACUUUUGCAAAACCAAAAAGCAGCAGAAACUCCAGCAUAGAGGCAUUUGCAGUUUGUGAGAAUUAUUCACCGCCUGGAGGAUUCAAUCCAAAAGACUUGCAUCGUCUCCUGGAAAUGGUUGGCAGUCCCUCGGGUGGAGAUGAUCUAGAUUGCAGUAGUGGAUGGUUAGAAGGACCAAAUAAGGUUUAUAUUCCAUUUUUAGCUUGCGGGGACCUAAGCGGGUAUGAUUCUGACCGUUCAUAUCCACUGCCGAAAGUUGUUGAUGGAACUUACCAGAGUUUGGAUCCUGUCCAGCCUCCCAUUGCCCCCCCUUAUAAGAGAGCUCUUGAGAUGAAGAAAGCUUCCAGUCAUGGUAUCCGAGACCUUGAAAAGCUUUCUUUGGAUGCUUGAAUUAAAAAAAGAAGGGUAAACCCUUUGUGAGAUGGGAGUUUUUAAUGUAGAAACAAUGAUUACUGUUGUUGUUUUAUAUACAAUUUACAUUCUUUCUAUGAAAAGAAA